AUGGCUUGCGACAGACUGAGAGUAGUUGAAUACCGAAAACUGUUGGAACCAGAUGCUUUUUUCAACUUCGGACGACCCAGGGUCGGACCACCAGGUCUUGCUGUUAUCUUUCGUCGUCCUCUGGAUAAGGCCAUGCUGUUUCUGAUCGCACUAUCAGUAAUAGGCUUACUAGUGCACGCCAUUGUUGCUUUUCUCUUUCUUCCUGCUUUUCCGAAGCCCUCCCAAAAUGCCUCCAACGAAUGUGCGAUUCUUAUGGGUUCGUGGAAUAGUGCAAACACAUUGUUGCGCUUCUAUGGCGUUCCAUAUGCUGUUCCUCCUCUAGCUAAGCCUGAUGACCAAACUGUUGACCUUUUGAGGCAAUACUUAGGCGUUGAAACGGGCAAACCUUCUCUUCGUUGGGAAAUGCCCCGGAAGAUUAGUGGUAUUGAAGCUUGCAUUCUAGCACAUCACGACCGCUGUAGUUUUCGGAAGAGUCGUUGGACCUGCCAGUUUGGAAGAAUAAAUCCCAUCAGCUCAUGUGCCCAGCCUUUGCCAAGAAGUAAAUUAGACUUAACUGAUACUUACACACUGUUCCAACAAGAAAAAUGUCUCCAAAUGGAUAUAGCCACUCCGCUCUAUAAUGGUGUCCUUAGGCCCGUGGUUGUAGUUAUUGCGGGGUUCCAAUUUUUCACCGAACCACUGAUGCCCCCUGACUACCGAUUUCCUGCAUACUGGCCUAGCGAUGACGCGGUUCUUGAUACUGACGUGGUCUGGGUGUAUCUACAUUAUCGUCUAGGUAUUUCUGGCUUCUUUUACAACCUUAGCGCCCAGGCAGCAUCAACUAAUUCGAGUUACAGUGUUUCUUUUGAAAAUUUUGCACUUCAUGAUCAAUUAGCAGGUCUUCGGUGGAUAAAACAGCACAUAAAACAAUUCGGUGGCGAUCCGAAUCUAAUAACGGUUCUUGGAGCUGGUUCCGGAGCGACCAGUGGUUUAGCACUAUUAUAUAUGCAAGCGAAGGGGGAAAGAUUGUUUAAUCAAGCCUGGCUAUCAAGCGGUACUGUGCAUUGGCAUACCAAGCGAGACAGCGUUAAGAGCAAGAACAUACCAAGUGAAGCCUUUCUGCAGCUUGUUAAUCGCUAUGCUGGCCUGCAUUGCACGACAGGAACGCCAGGAGAGAAGCCAAUCAAAAUCGUGUUCUCUUCUAUGCUGAGUGAACUCGAGGGUUGGCCAGGUAUGGGUAAAUCAUGGAUGGAUCAACCAGAUUCAAGUCAAGUGAAUCGAUUUGCGAAAAUGUUGCAUCGCUUCAGGAAAGUGGCCCCUUCAAGUACCGUUCAGAGCCUGAAACAGCUACUCAAUACGGCAUGGAACGAGGAGGUGAUGCGAGCGAAAACCGAAGACUCAACAGCUUUUUCUCAUCAGCGCCGCAGACAAGAGUUUAAUUUGCAACUCAUGAGCAUACUUCGUUUCUCUUGUCCUCAAUCAUGGAUUCUAACUAAGCUUGCGGCAUCUGAUGGUGUUUUUUAUAAGCUCCUCAACACUGAACCACCUGAUCUCGCAGAGCCAUUUGCUCCAGGACCCCGACCUGUUGGUAAGGGAACGCCACCACCGAAACGACUUGCUUUCCACGCUCUCGAUUUGAUGAUUUUGACGGGCAAACGGACGGGCUCACGAGAUUUUGGACUUGACGAAACUCCGCGGAAAAGACGCUUCAGAACUUACAAAGAAAACCUGAAGAGCAUGUUUAGGGCCUUUGUACAUGGCGGUGAAAUUAAUUCGCAGUGUAGAGCGACUGUGACUGAUCCAUACGGCUGCCGUGUUAGUGGACUUGGAAUCGACUCCUUUGCAGAGAGUCGAACUCUAAAGAAGUUAUGCAACAUCAUUGAUUGGAAAAAGUGGAUUUCACACAUUAUUGUGCACAACUAA